AUGUUUAACUCUUACAGUUGUUUACUUCUAGAUAUUGGACGCGUUAUCGUUGUUGAAGUUUAUGAAGACAAUGACAAUAACAAGCAGAAAUUCUUCGAAAUUUGUAAUGAUAAAAAAGUUCCAUUUGAUAAAUUAAUAGUUGCACAACUCGCGGAACUUAUCGCUUGUAAAGGAAAUUUUAAAGUUUCGAAUCUUUGGAAAGUUGACGUUGAUAAAUCUAAUCUUUUUAAAGAUUCAAAUUCGAUUUUAAAAUGGAUACAAGAAUACUCACCGGUCACUGGGAGAAAACCCUCGAUGUUGGUCGAAACGUUUGGUGCUCGAUUUACUUUGUGUGGUCGUGAUGACACCAUAGAAACUCUUUGGAACGGAGGUGGCACAGAACAAAGUAAUGGUAUUCUAAAUCGAUUUAAAAACUUUCGCUCUGACCAUCCAAAACAAGAUCGCAACCUUCAUCCAAUUCCAUUCCUAGCCUGUGGUCCCGGCACGGGAAAAAGUCAGUUUUUGCAGGAACUUGUUAAUAUUAUUCGCGACAAGGCUUUGAAUUCAGGAGAUCAAGAUAUUAUGUCUAUAUUAGGAAAUGAAGUUUUUCUGAACGUUACAUAUGGAAAUGGAACAGAGGCAUCAGAUUUUGACGUGAAUAUUGGAGCAGAAGCUUCAUUAGCUUUGAGGAUCUUAUACAAUUAUUUUGUACAUGGCAAUGAGAGCUUUACCAAGUUUAGAGACGAGAUUAUUGGGCAAGAAAAUGCAAAACAAUUAACCUUGGCUCUUGUUUUAAGAACCAUUUGUGAAAGUAAGCGUAAAGAAAAUAGAAAUAUUAAAAAAAUUGCAAUUAUUGUCGGUAUUGAUGAGGUCAACAAAGUAUAUGAUAAAAAUCGCAAUAAAUUCUGUGAUCUCGUAUCUACUAUUGGCUCAAUGAGUUGUAGUCCAGAAAUGUUUUUUGUUCCAAUCUUGGCGGGUACAGUUGAGGGUCCACUCCAGUUAAUUAUUACAAAAUCAAUGCAUCCACCUCUUCAGUUACCAUUACAUUUGCUAGACAUGGACGAUAUGUUAAAAAUAGCGUUUGAUCUUGGCUUUGACGAAAACUUUAUUCAUCGAAAUAAUCUUUUCGGACGUAUGAUUUCUGAUGUAGGUGGUCAGGUGCGUGCAUUAGAAUUAUUUUAUGAUCAUAUUUCGAAUGCGUCCAGAACCCACAGAUGGGACGACAUUGAUUUACUGGACAUUAUGAUCUCACUUGAGGUGGAACUAAGUAAACGGUAUCUAUUCAAUAAAUAUGCCAACAUGAUCACUCCAGUGCUCGCAAAUGCGAUUUUGGAAAGACCUGUUGAUGAAGACGAAACUCUUGACAUGGAUGAGUCAGAUCAGCCUAUCUCAUACAAAUUGUUAAAGUCCAGUGGAAUUUUAAUACUUGAACCAACCAAUACUGGGUUUAUAUACGUAUUCCCUAUCUUUGGAUACGAUUACUUGUAA